AUGGGAAAAACUAACCCUAAUUCGAAGAAAUUAGGGGACCCAAAUGUCAAAACUAGAGUUACUAUGCACAAUGGUGUUCAUGCUGUGAUUUUCAAAUCAAAGGAUUAUAAUGGAGUUAUGGCAGAGGAAUGUAAAUAUACCCUAAUCGGAAAGUUCGUGAAGACCCGUCCCAAUAUUGAGCGCAGCAGAUCAAGCUUUGUGGAGAAGAUCUCUCUAAAGAGCACUCCUAAAAUUGGUACGUAUGAUUAUCGAACUGUCUUCAUAGAGGUAUCAAAUGAAGAGGACUGUCAAACAAUUUGGUUUAGAAGGUCUAUUGAAAUUGAUGGUAUGGUAAUGUGGUUACAAAAAUGGAAUUCGGACUUCAAGCCCGAAGAGGAUUCACCAAUAGUGCCAGUUUGGGUGUUACUACCUGGGCUCCUAUUUCAUUUCCACCCAUGGAAUUAUGUUAAAAAAAUCCUUAGACCGAUUGGUAUCCCUCUAUCCCCUGAUUUGGCUACAGAGAAUAGAACCAGACCCAACAUGGCCAAAGUGCGGGUCGAAGUCGAUCUCACUAAACCUAGGCUAAAUCAAAUAUGGGUGGGACAAGAAGAUGAAGCCAAUCCGUUAAAAGGUUUUUAUCAAAAAAUUGAAUAUGAGGGGGUCCCAAAGUACUGUAGACAUUGUAAGAUCCUAGGACACUCAGUCCUUUAA